UCAGCCGGUAGACUGCUGCACCACCGGUGUUGCCGACCUGCUCGCUCCACUUUUUUUUGGGGAGGGGAGGCGACGACAAUGGCUAUGAUGAUGAAGAGCUUUUUUCCCGCAGGAUACUUGCGUACUGCAGCGCAAGUUCACUUGCUCCUUGUGGCGGCCUGUGCUGCGUCUGCUGUCAACGUGACCGAAGAAGCGUCGCCCUCGUGCCCUCUUGGCUUCUUCCCAUGCGGCAACCUGAGCAUGUGCCUGCCCCAAGUGCUGCACUGCAAUGGUGCCGACGACUGCGGGAACCAAGCGGACGAGGAGAACUGCGGAGAUAACAACGGAUGGCCGCACCUCUUCGACAAAUACUUUGGAAUGCCGAGCCACAACGCUGGGACAAAGUCCAUCGUGUGCUUGCUGGGCCUCAUUCCAGAGCCGUGCCAGUGCCGGGACUUGGAGCUGGACUGUGACGGAGCGCAACUCGGCGACGUGCCGCCGGUGGCUGUGAACGUCACGAUGAUGUCCUUGCAGAGGAACCAUCUGCAGAGGCUGAAGGCAAACACCUUCUUCGUGUACCAGAGCCUGCAGAAACUGUACCUGCAGCACAACGAGAUCGCAGAAGUGAGUCCGACCGCUUUCAGAGGACUGUACAAUCUCACCAGGCUAUACCUGAACUACAACAGGAUUUCUGUGCUGAUGCCCGGUGUGUUCAGGGACCUUCACAAGCUGGAGUGGUUGAUCUUGGAGAAUAAUAACAUCCAUCACAUCUCCCCUAAAGCCUUCUCAGGGCUCAACUCGCUGGUCUUGCUGGCUUUGUUGAACAACACUCUGACAAAGCUGGAUGACAUCUGUCGCGAGAUGGCCAGACUCAACUGGCUGGAUUUGGAGGGUAAUCUGAUCGAGACCUUGGAGAAUGUAUCGUUCAACUCGUGCAGUAUGCUGACAGUUUUGGUUCUGCAGCGCAACCGGAUCAGCCACAUACACGAGCGAGCCUUCUCCGUCCUCCAAAAGCUUGGAGAGUUGGAUCUCUCCAGCAACAGACUGAUGAAAAUCCCGCCGAAUCUCUUUGCACAUCUCGGGGAUUUGCUCCAACUAAACAUUUCAUAUAAUCGCAUCAGAGAGUUGCAGGUGGACCACUUUGACAAACUGCCUAAACUGAAGUCAUUGAGCAUCGAGGGCAUCGAAAUUGCCAACAUCCAACGACGGAUGUUCGAGCCUCUUAAAUACCUGACCCACAUCUACUUCAAAAAGUUCCAGUACUGCGGCUACGCGCCUCACGUGCGCAGCUGCAAACCCAACACGGACGGCAUCUCGUCGUUCGAGGACCUGCUGGCCAACAUCGUGCUGAGGGUCUUCGUCUGGGUGGUCUCGGCCACCACCUGCUUCGGCAACAUCUUCGUCAUCUGCAUGCGCUCGUACAUACGCUCGGAGAACAAGCUGCACGCCAUGUGCAUAAUUUCCCUCUGCUGCGCAGAUGGGUUGAUGGGCAUCUACCUGUUCAUGAUCGGGGUGUACGACCUGAAGUUCCGCGGCGAGUACAACCGUCACGCCCAAGCCUGGAUGGACAGCGGCCAGUGUCAGGUGGUCGGCUCCCUGGCCAUGCUGUCCACCGAGGUGUCGGUCCUGCUGCUCACCUACCUGACUCUGGAGAAGUACAUCUGCAUCGUGUACCCCUUCCGCUACCUGACGCCGGGUUGGCGCCGUACCGUGACGAUGCUCCUGGGCAUCUGGGUGUUCGGCUUCAUGGUGGCCUUCCUGCCCCUGGCCUGCAAGGGGCUAUUCCGUAACUUCUACGGUACCAACGGCGUGUGCUUCCCGCUGCACUCGGAGCAGCCCGAGACGCUCUGGACGCACAUAUACUCCAUCGCCAUCUUCCUGGGUCUAAACCUAGUUGCAUUCCUGAUCAUCGUACUGUCGUACGCCAGCAUGUUCUACAACAUCCAGCGCACGGGAACGCGGACCACCAAGUACAGCAACCACAUCAAGAAGGAGGUGACCAUCGCCAAACGCUUCUUCUCCAUUGUCAUCACAGACUCACUCUGCUGGAUCCCCAUUUUCGUCCUCAAGAUCCUGUCCCUGCUGCAGGUGGAGAUUCCCGGCACAAUUACCUCGUGGGUGGUGAUAUUCAUCCUGCCCAUCAACAGCGCCCUCAACCCCAUCCUUUACACGCUGACCACCCGUCCCUUCAGGGAGACCCUGAUGCAGGUGUGGGCCAACUAUAGGCAGCGGAAGCCGGCGGUGGCCAGCCACCCCAUCCAUCAGCCCUCGCUCACCUGGCAGGAAAUGUGGCCCCUGCAGGACUCCAGCCCGGCAGCGGGGGGCCGUCGAGACACGACCGACGCACCCCCCGCUAAGCUCGUCAACCUGGCGGAAAAUAACACCGGCGUCCCCGUGUGAACCUACCGGCGGUGGUGCGACUGUUCCGUGCUAAACUGGAAUGUCGGUGGAGUCCAGACCUCUGCUGAGGUUGAACAAUCCUGAACAUGUGGUGGGGUGAUAUCAUUCCACUCCAGUCCUCUGGGUGGCGACAUCACAAAGUGGAUGCUUGAUGCCUGCUGGUUUCUUGGCUCCAAUGUAAGUGGACUGCAACAGUGACAAAUGAUCCAUAACGCAAAUCCUACACUGCAUUGCUACAACUUUGCUGACCUUGUGUCUUUAUUUCCUGUUGGAAAAAAACCACAGCUUAGCUGGCCAGUGUGAAAGGGGCUCACGUCAGAAGCUAUAAAUUAGCAUAAAAAAAUUGGAAUGUUGGAAAACAGACAUCUGUGUCUAUACAUAAGGCACUUUAUGAUACCACACUACAUUGCAUACUAGUGGCACACUGAGAAGUGGAAAAAUCCUCAAAUUACAAGAAAAUGGACAUAGCAUUCGCACAAAAAAAGUCGGAAUGUUUGAUUACUGACAUCUGCACGGUUACAUUGAGCGACUCUUUACAAUAUGACACUGUAUUGCUUAUUUCUUGUUGAAAAAAGCUGUCUUAAUGACUUCCGUAAAAGCGGCUUACGUCGGAAGCCACAAAUGUGCAAAUCGACAUCAUUCUAGGGUUGGAAACAAUAGGAAACACGAGAGCUCAUAAAACAAAUCCCACGCAUGCUCCAACAUUGCCGACUGUCGACCGAUGCGGCAGUCCGUCGGCUUGGUGUGUCACGCCUUAACAUCUCUGACAAGGACGACGAAAAACAAAUAAAGGUGUAAAUACGUAUUGAUAAUAGUACACGCAACGACGCCGGCGCCAGCCACGCUGAAACUGGUGAUUGGCACAGAAUGAUUUUCAAUGCACAAGGAAAACAAAAUCUAAAGUCUAGAGUGUUUGGAUUAAUAAAGAAAUGGACAACUUAUACUGAGCAGCUUUGAAAUACUGUACCGGUUCAGCAACAAAUCCCGACUUUCAUGCCACAAGAAAACAGUGAUGUGUUUGAUGAGUUAAAUGAGGCAACAAGCAGGAGGAGCAUGCUAACAGGACUAGCAGACAACAAAACAAUUGUUCUCUGCUCUCUAUUCUACCUCUGGAAUGCAAAGACGAAGGCUAUGUUCACAUUUUUGCAGGUCAAGUCAAAAAAAAAUUUCCCAACGUGACGUACAUCGUGAUUUUUUUUCAUGUCAGUGUGAACGGUACAAAUCUAAAUGUUUCUAAUCUGACACGGACCUCUUUCAUAUGGGGAUAUAAAUUGGAUAUGUAUCCGAUGCGAGUGGUUACGCUCAUCCGUCCACAUUAUAAGUCGCGUUUGUUUUUGUAAUGUGAGCGACGACGUAAAAAAAAUCGGAUUUAACAAAAAGAAUAAGAAUUGGGCAUCGUGCCCUGCAGUGUGAACAUAGACUAAGCUGAAGUAGUAGAUAUUUUGAGUACAGGUAAAUACAGGUAUAUAUUCACAAUGGCCACUUUAGAUACAGUUUGUUUGUUUAUUUAUUUAUUUAUUUAUUUAAAUUGAUACACGUAAAGCAGUGCAUGUUUACCCGUGGACAUUUUUGGUGUACGAAAGACACAAACAUAACAGGACGGUUAAGAUCAUUAAAAAUAAAAGUAUUUUAACAUCCUCGACUGUCAUACAAGCACACAAAGAAGUUAAAGACUGUCAAAUACAACUAAAAUAAAGUAAGACUACUCACCCAAACAUUGACAUUUGGUAUGCUCUCAUGUGGGAAGACCCACGUCACUGCCUGCAGGAUUUCCAGGUAAAACGACUUGUUUGCUCGUCGACCUGAUGAGCAAUUAAAGUUGAAUGAAAUUAUUUCUGCCAGGGUUCAUUCACAUAAUGGUGGAUUAAAGCCCCUGGCAAAUUGCAUUUCGACUAUGACUGAUUUUUACAUUCACUGUUAAUUUGUUCCAUGUUUUUUUUAGCCAUUUUUUAAAUUCAUGCAGCAGCUACCUCGACUUGUUUAUAAAUGCUUCAACGGCAGCUUUGAAGGCAUUCAGAAAGUGACAUUUAAAAAAAAAAAAAAAAAAAAAAAAAAAAAGGUAGUCUUUCCAAUACACUCCAUAUUAAACCCCGGUCCAAAGUGAUCAACAUAACUUGUUCAAAUGAAAAUGAAAUGAGAAAUCAAAUUUUAGUGACUCGCUAUGUUGCUAUGUCGCUAUGUCAAACUUUCAGGGAUUGUGUCAUGUCAUAAUGGCAGAGCAAAACUACCUCUAAUUUUAUUUUAUUUAAAUUAGUAUCCAAAAAUUCAAUAACAAUAAUUGCAAUUUUAUGAGUGACCCCCAGAAUGGUUCUUUUUUUUUCGUAAUAAUAACAUUAAGUACUGUUGUAUACGUUUUGAUUAAAUUAAAUAACUUUAAUUACAUUAUUCCAUUUUCAUUGUGAAAUAUAAAAUAAAUUAUUAAAAUAAAAUCCUUUAUACAAUAUUAUUAAUUAAAACAUCUUACAAGUAAGACCAAAAUAGGUACAUUUUGUAUUAAUUUAACUAACUACCAAUGGAUUUUUAAAACUGAAUUUAUUAUAAUGUUUUCAAUCCCUGAGAAAAAUAAAAUUAAAAAAUAUUUUUUUAAAAAACACUCCCUCAGCAAAUAAUUAAUAGUUUUAAAAAUAGUUACAUUUUUGACUAAUAUUAAACAAAUUGUGACUAUUUUUUAUUUUAAUUUAAUUUAUUAUACAGUACUCCGGCUAUAUCGUGGUUCACCCUUCGCAUUCCCGCUAUAUCAUUAUUACAGUUGUUACUUUAUUUUUCUAUACUGUUUGUACAAUAUUUUUGUGUUAUCAAUUGAUAUAUAUGUGUGUUUAAAUGUAUUUGUAUUGUUUUAAAAGUGUGUUGAAAGACCUUUAAAAAAGAUGAAGUGCCGUAAAUGCUAUCAAAACAUGCCGAGGGUGUAUUUUUGUAUCGCGGAUUUCACAUAUUGCUGGGGCGGUCUGGAACGAAACCCCAGCGAUGGAGGGGAGGAUUACCAGCUACCAUUUUCCAUCCCAGAUAAAAAAAUUAUUGAAAUAACAUUUCAAAAAAUUUUAUUAUUUUCUCAAUAAACCUAUUUUGAGUAUUCCCCAUAUACGGUUAAUUUUCUACAAAUUUCACUGUAUUGCAUGUGUAAAUGAAAUUUUAAAACAAUUUUGUGGGAUUUUGCAUUUUCCAGCUGGUCUGGGAUUUGACAUUGGACACAUAUACACAGCAUCAUUUUACAACAGUCAGGACAUUUCGAGGCUUGAUUCUCAGCAUACAGUGUUUGUAUGAAUUCCUAUGGAAAUCAUUUUCCUCCCCAGACUUUGUAAAUAUAAACAUUUGUUGCUGAUGUUCUCUCACGUAAGAGUAUCAUCAUUUCACUGUUUGUGCCUGUAUGCCUGUUCUUGACUCAGUGUUAGUGCUGUUAAUGGGAUAAGGUGUUUUUAAUGUGUGCUGUCUUCAGUUAUGUCUAGAAUGUGACAAAUUAA